CUCUAUCCUUCUCUUUCCUCGAUAUAUAACUUAGCGCCUGCGUUACGUGCAGCAAAAUACAGUAUCGUGUGUGUGUGCAGCUUCUCUCGCAGUAGUAUAUACGUAUAGGCAGACACAAUGUUCGCUGGUGGCUAAAAGGCACGCGCCCCUCGCAGUGUGGCACAGUUGUUCAGUCGCAUCCCGGCAGGCAGAGUGCGAUCGUUGUGCAGCAGCAGCAGCGGAUCAGCAGCGCCGAGCGCUCGAGUGCUCCGACAGUUUGUUUGUUGUUAUAUCGUCGUUGCUGCCACUGCCGCCGUAAUAAAAACAACCGAUGACUUCGCUUCGACCAAACCGAGGGUGCGAGCAAAAAUUAACAACGAUGCUUUAGCGCACGAAUAGCAACGGUUCUGGUGUAGCGUUACAUAUAGUGGAGUUGUUCCAUCGCGAAGCAGCCAGCUGCAAGUCUGAAAUUCCGCCGCUGUGCGCGCGUGAUAUAUGUGCAUGUGCUGCAUGCAGCCCAGAUAAUAUACACGUUGUAAGAAUGGCACAGUGACACGGAUGAUUUUGAGUUAACUCGUUCGCCCCCCCCCUCCUCCCCCAACAAGUUGCGGUGUUGUUUUGUCGUUGUUGUUUUUUCUCGUUGACAUCUUUAGUUUCGGCACGCGAGCGAAGAAACAAAUGAUGAAAAAUCGGCGCGAGUGACAUUGUUCGUUGCCGAAAAAAAAAAAAAAAACAACGAGAAAAGAUCAAAACAAAGAAUUAUACAUACUCGGAAGUGCGCGCGUGUUGCAAGCUCUCUCUCCAUCCAUCUCCUUCAACGGAAAACCGCCGAAGGACUUUGUAGAAGAGGCGUGUGGAUGUUUGCCUAGGAGAGUGCAUUUCCGAAGCGAGAGAUAAUUUACUUUGGAAAACAGGAUUUCAAGAAGUACACGAGAGAUAGAAAACUCAUCGUCGUCGUCGUCGAUUGGGAUGAGCACGAUCGGUGAGUUUUUCAACCGUAUCCUUUGCUGCUCGCAAUCGUGAGUUACUUGUCUACACGCACAGAUGGAAAAAAGCGUUUAUACCGGAAGAAGAGUCGGCGUCCGUUGAAAAGUCGUCAUCUCUCCGUCACCAGCAGCAACACAGCAGCUGCCUUCCAUAAUAUAUAAAGCAGACGACGAAGAAGAAGAAGAAGAAGAAGCCAAAGACGACGACGACGACGACGACGAAGAAGAAGAAGGAGUAGGUGACGACGCGACGAGCAGCUUGCAGCGGCACUGCAAGCGCCGCCGACGACGCGAAGAGAAGAGUGGCUGCCGCCGAGGUCCCGGUCGGAGAAAUGAGGCGAACGUGACGUCGCAAUGACACGAUGAAGAGCCUGGUGGGGAUCAUGUGGAUCGUCUUGGUCCUCAUAUCUGGCAACAAUCAAGGAUGCCUGGGAAAUCCGGACGCGAAGCGCCUGUACGACGACCUGCUGUCGAACUACAACAAACUCGUGAGGCCGGUCGUCAACGUGACCGACGCCCUGACGGUUAAAAUCAAGCUCAAGCUGUCGCAGCUGAUCGAUGUGAACUUGAAAAAUCAAAUAAUGACAACGAACUUGUGGGUCGAGCAGUCAUGGUACGAUUACAAGCUCAAAUGGGAUCCGAAGGAGUACGGCGGGGUCGAAAUGCUGCACGUGCCGUCGGACCACAUAUGGCGGCCGGAUAUAGUUUUGUACAACAACGCCGAUGGGAAUUUCGAGGUAACCCUGGCGACAAAAGCCACGCUCAACUACACGGGCAGAGUCGAAUGGAAGCCGCCAGCGAUUUACAAGUCUUCCUGCGAGAUCGACGUCGAAUAUUUUCCCUUCGACGAGCAGACGUGUGUCAUGAAAUUUGGCUCCUGGACAUAUGAUGGAUUUCAGGUCGAUCUGAGGCACAUCGACGAGGUGCAGGGCAGCAACGUCGUAGACAUCGGCGUCGAUCUGUCCGAGUUCUACACGUCCGUCGAGUGGGACAUCCUCGAGGUACCGGCGGUCAGAAAUGAAAAAUUUUACACGUGCUGCGACGAGCCCUAUCUCGACAUAACGUUCAACAUCACCAUGCGACGCAAGACCCUGUUCUACACGGUCAAUCUCAUAAUUCCCUGCAUGGGCAUAUCCUUCCUCACGAUACUCGUGUUCUAUUUGCCCAGCGAUAGCGGCGAAAAGGUGAGCCUCUCCAUUUCGAUCCUGCUGUCUCUCACUGUGUUCUUCCUGCUGCUGGCCGAGAUCAUUCCGCCGACGUCGCUGGUGGUGCCGCUGCUCGGCAAAUUCGUACUGUUCACUAUGAUACUGGAUACUUUGAGUAUAUGCGUGACGGUGGCGGUGCUGAACGUCCACUUCCGCUCGCCGCAGACCCACGUGAUGAAGCCUUGGGUCAGGCGGGUCUUCAUCCACGUACUGCCGAGGCUGCUCGUCAUGCGACGCUUCAUACCAAGACCGCAGUACCAGCUGGAGCGUCGUCACGGCGAUCACGUCUCGUCGCUGUCGCAUCACGGCUAUCACUCGUCGUCGGCGGGCGCGCAUCAUCCGCCGCAUCAUCGCCAGAAGAGCCACGAGUCGGCGGCGAGCCAUCACUCGCAGCGAGUCAUGGUCAGGACCUGCAACGGCCUCGAGCUCCGAGAUCCCGGCCUGUACUCGGAGGCCUCGGCGUCGGAUCUGCUCGAGUCCUCGGUCCUCUUCCCGAGCCUCGACUCGCGCGACGAGCUCAAUCCCAGGGAAUUGGAGGCGCUGAAUCUUGGCAGCCAGUGUCGGAUUCACGGUGGUUCGUCGGGACCGGCUGGCCCGGCCUCGGGACGACCCCUGCCGAGCGAGGACAGCGUCGAGGCGCUCUGUCGCAGCCUCAAUCACUGGCACCACUGCCCCGAGCUCUACAAGGCCAUCGAGGGCAUCCGUUACAUCGCCGAUCACACGAAGCGCGAGGAGGACUCCACCAGGGUGAAAGAGGACUGGAAAUUCGUGGCGAUGGUGCUGGAUCGUCUGUUCCUGUGGAUCUUCACGCUGGCCGUGCUCGUCGGCACCGCGGGCAUCAUUCUGCAAGCUCCCACGCUGUACGACGACCGACUGCCGAUCGACGUCAGGCUGUCGGAGAUCGCCUCGACCACUGCCAAGCCUCACAUCGUCACGACGCUCUGAGAGGCCCGUCGUUACUACAGCCGAUACCAAUUGUGAAAAGUCGCGCGCGGGCAAUGGAAGAAAGAGCUACUGCACGAUGGUAAAAGUUUUACUCGAUUUGUCAGCCGUGAUUUAACAAGAGAUGCUCUCGUUUGAUACGUAUAACGAGGCUAUGAUACACGCCCCGUAUCUGCACUUAUACGUGUCACUUUUAUGUAAUACGGCUUGUUUUUUUUCUCUUUUAAUUCUCUCUUCCUUCUCUCUCUCUCUCUCUCUCUCUCUUUAUGUUAUUUUGUGUUCUUUUUUUCUCCUUUUAAAUCAGCGCGAAUGGUUUAUAUACAUUUGAGUCGCUUGAAAGGCGUGUGCGCGUACCCUAGCUGGCAGCAGCAACAGCCUUGACUCACUCUCUCUCUCUGUCUCUUUAUCUUUCUCUCGCUUUUGUAUAAAAGCUAUGCGCUCGCGGAAGAGACUCGGACUAGAAAGGGCCGUUUCAGAGAGAUAUAAAAGGUGACAUAAUAGAGAAAAGGAUAAGAAUAGGAAAAGACGUCAAUGGUAAAGUCGUUCACACGUUUUACAGCCCAUAGUCUACGGAAGAGAUCACUGCUGCGUUUCGGGCUUUUCUCGAUUUACUCUCGUCACACACACACACAUACACACAUACUUAUAUUCUCUCUCUCGCGCGCGCGCGGCCACCACCCACACGCAAAGCUUUCGCAAAUACUAUCGUUGCUUUCAUUUUAUUAUCCGAAAGGCCAUACACGGCAGCAGUAGCAGCGGGAGCAAGUGCGUGUGCUCGCCGCGUUCAGUGCAGCAGUUUACGAUCGAGCUUUAUACGCACGUAUCCGCUGGCGCGUUUGUAACAUUUUAUUUUAUCAAACUUUAUUUAUACACGAUUACUUUUCUCCAGAUGUAUUUUCAAUCGACGAAUCCAUUCAAUUGUCAGGUGUGUGCGCGCGCGCGCGCGCACACGUGUGGCAAGCUCUCAAAUUCGAUUCAGCUUACGCUGGCACAAACUCGCGGUGAAAUGUAUUGAAUGUCGAAGGGAUCUUUUGUUAAAUUUGCGAAUUUCCGUGUCUAAUGAAGGAAAAAAACGGUACGCCAAUCUCGACUACGGUUGCAAUUAAAGGCUCUAAUUAUUGCAAUGAAAAAAAUGAACAUCGAUCUAUAUAAUAUAUAUAUAAAACACACACUAGCCCGUAAUAAAUGAACUUCGUGUUUGUUUUUCUUCUGUUCCUGACGUAACUUUUUUCCCCUUGUUGCUGCACUUAUCGCUAUAAGUUCGAGUUGCACAUUUUAAUAGACACCUUCGCGCGCGCGCGCUCUCUCUCUUUCUCUCUCUCCCCGACACGGUGUACGAUUUAUAAGAAAAUAAAAUAAAGAAAAUAAGGAAAGGAAAAAAAGCACUCUUACAAAAGACACAGAACGGAAGAUUCUAUUGCAGUGAAACAAUUUUAAUUAGGUCAAUUGCUUAUAAGGAAGCUCGUGAUCUCAACCGUAAAAUAUAUAUUGUUGGCUUCGCGAGCAAAGUAAAAACUAAUCGAUACUUAUUUCGCAGAAUAUUUUCAUUACCGCUUCGACGUGUGUUCGACCGAGAUUUUCCCUCUCGUUUUUCGAGCUCCGAAGUUAAGUGAGCGGGAAUGACGCGUUGUCGCGCGUCCCUCGAGUGGAAUUAUUUAUAUAUAACUAGAGACGCAUUCGAGACGACGUAUACCAUAAAUGAUAAUCGUCGCGUGCCCGUGAGAAUAUUGUAAAUGCAAAAUCGCAGAGCACAAAAGACGCGAAACAUUAAUCACCGCAUGCGUGCGUAAUCUAUAUUAAUGCGUACACGAAGUUUCAUGUAAAUAUACUCCAGUGAAUUUUAUUAUAUUCACUGAAUUUACUGAACAUGGUCUUCCUUCGUGUGUGUGAAUUACCCCGAUCCACCUAUUACUUUCUUUAUUCGUUUUGAUUUUUAAUAGUGAUUUUUCAAGAUAUUAUUUUUAGAAAAAUUAAUCAUAAGAAAGGAUUUGAAUUCGAUUAAACAUAAAUAUUCAAAUAUUUCAAAAGCUAUGUACCAAUGCAUGUUAUAAGUAUUUUCAAUGUUUUACAUGCUGAAAUGGAUAUAUAUAUAAUACAUAUUAUAGAGGUCUGAUUUAAAUGUGCCAUAUGUAUUAUUGUAAGCUAGUGAAUUUUUUUUAUUAUUUAUACAAAGAGUAAAAAAGUGGUAUUAUACAUCACAUAUUGAAUUUUUACGUUUGAAAACUGAAUUCACUCUUGAAUUUUUCGAUAUUACAAAAAUUCGAUAUCGAAGGCUGAAUAUUGAAAUAUAAGUCAUGCCUUCUUUGACUUAUUUGCCAAAAUUAUACGAAAUUCGUUUUUUACGUUUUUUGACUUCUAUUUAUGCCAAAAGUAAAAAAUAACCCCUCAUUUAGCUAUCUUUUUUAUCUUAAAAUUAAAAAUUGUAUUUCUUAACAUAAUAAUGUAAAAAAUAAGUGUUAUACGUGUAACACAAUAGAUGUAUGAAUACGAAAUUUUAUGUGUGAGCAAAAUUUGAAAAAUUGCUUAACUGCAUAAAAAUAUAGCUCACAGUGAUUUCAUGAACAAUGGGAUGUUUGCAAAAAAAAACCCCCAAGCGUAAUACUACUCCAAAGAGUAUAAUAUUUCGUUGUAAUUCAUUGACAGUUGGAAUAUUCUUUUGCAAACAAUUUUUUCAACUUAGUCGAAUUUUUAUUCGUAGCUUGGAGUAAUACCCAAAUUUUAAUUGUUUUGACUGAUAGAGCAACGAUUUUGCAUAAUGUGACUUUUGUAUGAGUAUAUUACAUUAUUUUCUACGAAACCUUUUUUAAGAAUAAAUUUUCAAGUUGAUGUGUAAUACAAAUGUUAAAUACAAUGAGAAAGAAUAAAAAAGUAAUAACUCAGAUAUAUAUUGAAGACCAAUUGAAGAGCAUAGCAAGUGUAAAUUACGCUUAAAAAUGUAUGUACAUCAUGAAUGAAAAGUAAAAUACCACUGGAAAAAUUAAGUUGAAUGAAAUAUAAGUUUUAAGAAUACAUAUUAUAUGUAUAUGAAAUAAUAAUAUGAAAGAACUUAUACAACUGUAAAUGAAACGAUACUCCUAUCAAUAACAUUUGGUAUAAUUAUAAGUCAUAAAGUUUAUAAACUGGCUUAACAUAUUCUCUAGAAGCAUCACAAAGAGAAAUAAAAAGUCGAAGUUCAUUAUAUGUAUAAAUAUAAUAAUAAAUUCUAUUACAUGUUGGUAAAUGUGUUUGAAGUCGAAUGCGACAUUGCAAAGAUGACUAUGAUACAGCUAUUAUUAAAAGAAAGUUAGAUGCAACUUAAAUUAUUUAUUAUCACUCUCAUAAAUUCGACAUUUUUGGAGUGAUAACAGGUAGAUUUAAUCAGAUAAAUUGUUGAUAAUAAAUGUGUAUUCGAAACGACAUAUCUAUCAAAUUAUAUGUUGAGUUUUUAUCACCCAGGAAAAAUUAAAAAAUUUCAUUUUUCGUUUCAAUCAAAAGUACCAAUAAUUGAAAAGUAGUAGAGCGUAAUCUGUUACAGACAAUUACAGAGAGAAACCAAGUGUCGUGUCAAAGUCAAAUGAUAAAAAUAAUAAAAACCAAAUAAGAUAUACCAAAUUAACUUACCGCAUGUCCUAGCGAAAACCCUUAGCUAUUUAGGCAAGAAGGAAUUAAAUGACAUUACAACGAAGAGUAAACGCCGAAAAAUGUAUGAAAAAAAAUACCAAAUAGUAAUUAUUAUUAUUAUAAAAAAUAAUGCAUCGUGAAUUGUUCACUUGGUGCUUUGCUCGCCGUCAAAGUGUAGUGUAAAAUACUGAUAUUAUAUAAUAACGUGCAAUCUGGAAGGAAUUAAUGCUUACGUAUUGUACUUAUGGCUUUUGAUUUGAAUUUAAAUUCAAAUCCAAUUUGGCCUAGUAAUGAAGGCGAUAAUUUUUUAAUAGGAUUUACAAGAUUCUUUAUUAUAAAUUAUCAAAGUUAAUAUAAAAAGCAAAGAGACAUAAAAAUUUAGCUAGUUAUGAUUGUUUCUAUUAUGAAAACACGUUUAUAAAGUAUUUUCAAUUCCAAUUAUAAAAAAGAAAUUAUUAUAUGAGUUCAUUCCAUAUGAAGCUGAGUGUAAAUUGUUUAAACUUUCAUUCAGUAUAAAUACAUCUAAACCAAAAAUUUACAGUAAUUAACACAAAAGAACCUGACUCUGUAAAUAUUCUAACUUGUUUUUAGAUAUUUAUCAAUUUCUCUUGCCAAUUUAUAAUACCAACAUGUUUAACACAAUACUAAAAAAUUAAGUACGUCGGUUUAUUAUAAAAUUAUGCAUUAUUUGUAUAUUAGGUUUAAAAAAUGCAUUUUUGGAAGAACCGUAUCCUUUUUCUUCUUUUUACGUAUUUAUCAUGUAAUAAAAUAAUUAUCACUAUGGAUAUAAAAACAACUUAUAAUUGAUAAAGGAACGAAAGAAAUAACUAGAUAUCAGGCAUUACAACAAAAUAAUCGGAUAUACUUCGUUUGUAUGGUAAGAAUGUUAUUAAAUACCUGGCACUCAAAAAAAUAUGAGAUGACACCGAGAAAAGUUUUAAGUGUUCAAAACUAUAUAUACUACGAAUCUUAUAAUAUAUUUAAAGUAAAAUACAACAAAAAGUACCCAACAAUUAUUUAAAAUAAUUUCAUAAAUGUUAUAAAAUAUAUUAGAAGUGACGCGGUGAUCUUGAGGAAUUGUAAAUUCAAGCAAUAAAAUAAUAAAAAAUAUCUAUUGCUUGAAUUGAUCAAACUCACGAGAACCUUUUGCGACUAAUUAAUUGAAUCUUAUAAAAGAUACAAUAAGAUAGCAAAGUAUAAAAAAAAAUAAUUGAAUGGAGAUGAUACCAGCUGUUUAAACAACUGACAGGGAAUAGAAACCGCAACCUCUUUCAAAAAAUGGAAAAAAAUGAAAAAUUGUUUUACUUGUAUAUCCAGAAAAAUUUCAAUUUAUGUGUAAUUGGAACAGUAUUUGUAUUUGUUUAAUUUAAAUUUUUUGCUGAAAAGUAAAAAUUAAAUUGAAUUUAUAUUCUAAAUCAAAUUUUAAAGCCCAGUAUUUCGAACGUUUUUGUAAAAUUGUUUGUAGCCAAUUCAGUUUGAUUGUUAUACAUGGGAAAUUAGAAUAUAAUUUUACGAAGUUACUCUUCUAUCAUUUUCACAAAAGCGAAAAACUGUCGAUUCUCCUUCUUAUGAAGUUUAUGAUGGUAAUGAUCAGAAUCUCACCAAAAAAUUUAAUAUGUAAUACAUGUACGAUAGUUUAGACUUUCUAAACAAAAAUGUAUCCAGGACAACCUUGAUGGAGUAUUUGAAAAUAUGAUAAGAGUUAAAAACUAUGAAGAAUAUAUAAGAGUCUAAGUGCAAGAUGUACGUAAUAUUUAACUGGCCCAAGUGGUCAUGAUAAUCCAAAAAAGAGUAACAUAAAGGUUAAAACAAAAUAAAGAAGAAUUUAUCGGUAUGCCUCGACGUUCGGCGUCGCUAUUAUUAAUAUAACUAAGAAAAAAUACGUCUCUUUUGUCUCUUUUUUUAAAAAAUUUUUAAAUAAUAUUAAAGAGUAUUUUGUAUCGUAUUAAUCUGCGUAACUAUCUACCGCGAUGCCGAAUUUAUUAUACGAUUUCUCUUGCAAAUUUUUAAAACUUUGUGAAUUGCAUUUCGUAUGAUGUUGCUACAACAAUAGAAUUUGAUAUUGCCAAUAUAAGUUUGAAAUAUGUAUAUUGAUGAAUCGUCGAGGCGGCCAUUUUAAAUGAAAUUGCGAAAAUGAUGAAAAA